AUGUCGGCGUCCACACCACAAAGAACGUCAUUAAGACGUAAGAUCGACCUCAACCUUGCAGAAUUGAAUGCUAACUAUGAUCCAGAGGGAUUGCGACAGGCUCCAAGAGUCAAUCAACCUUUCAUUCCGGACACGACCCCUGCCCGCCGUUCCCAUCAAAAUUCAGACUUCCAAUCACCACAGGCGCAGCCCACUCCUCAGAUCAACAUGAACCCCGCUGCUAACCCAAACAGCGCAAGUUUUGCGGUCGAUAGCUGGGACGGUAAAGGACAGACACAACUCCCGAUGUCAACUAAGGACGUUUACACUCCAGGAAACCGACCGGCCAGUUAUGAACGUCAAGCGAAAUUACCAAAGGAACCUGUUAACUUUUAUGAUCCUCACUUUGCUCUGCGGUAUCUAGAAGUUCCCCGAAGUACGUAUCACAAAUUGAGCCCAUCUGAACCGUUUACUGACGAAAGCACUCUAGCCGACGUUAUCUACAAACGAGCCCACUAUGGUCUCCAAUCCAAAAUUCCUGACGAAGUUGACUUUGCCCUGUUCCACCUUGUGCAGAUCUCAAAUCAGAGGUGGGAUAAAUUUAAAUUUGAGGGUUUCCCGUUGCUUGCCGAGACUCUCAUGGAAAAAGCGAUGGAAAUCACUUUUCUUUGCACCGGAGUUCAGUGGGAAUUGAUUUAUGAUCCAAAAAUAUUCAAAGUGACGGACCGAGUGAACUCGCUGAACACACUGGAAGGCACUCGAGAUCUUCUCGAAAGGAUCAAGCAAAUUCCCUUGACUCUUCCAGCUAAUACCCUCGAAACGGACGAGUUCCACCACCUCUUCCGUAACAUCAAAGAGGCGACUUUGGUGUUGAGAAACAUGGUUUUGCUUAAGGAGAACGCAUUUUACGUUGCAACUUAUGCAAAGGGCCUCCUUAGAGACUUCUUAGUUGUGCUCAUUAAUACACCCAAGCAUCCUCGUUUUAACGAAAUCAAGAAUGAUGCCCUCGACAUUGCCGAAGAAGUGACCAAGUUCAUGUGGACCGAACCUCAAGAUCCGCUUUGGAUAUCCUUAGUCAACUGCAUGCACUCUAACGAUCGCGCCCACAUUUCUAGAGGUCUCUGGUCGUUGACACACUUCUCCCUUGAAAUGAACGAGGUGGAUGCAAACCGAGCAGUGGGAAGUCUUUCCAAAGAAAAUCUGCAGCAGAUGUAUUACCAUACCCUUUUGGAGCUCGACAAAGAAAUUCUGAGCGGUACACUCGACUUGUGGUAUCAAUAUACGCUGAGCCCCGAAAAUAUCGAGACCAUGAUGGAUGUAUUCAGCUUCCCAACUAUCUUUGUGCCACGCAUGAUCGCACUUCUCAUGUAUGAGGCGAGACCAGGAAAGUCUGAAACUGUUUUGCAGGAGGAGAAAGUUGCUCCGCCCCCGUCUGAGAUCCCCCCAGUGCCCAGUGAGCUCAUGACAAAACUGAUGGAGCUGGCAGAGCCAGAGCGUAGCUCGCAAUGGAUGCGCUGCUGCUUUGUGGAAGACGCAGACUGUGAAAUUACACAGAUCGCCCUGUGGCAGGCCUAUCAGAACCGAUUUGGCGAGCGAGGAGGUAUUUUGCCUGCUGCCGAGUUUAUCAAGAACGUUAGCAAUACCUUCACAAACGCCCAGGCCCAGGUUAUCAACGUACCAGGCUCUGCACCCAAAUUCAUUAUCAAAGGAAUUCGACCUCUGGCUGCCACCUACUCCCUUCAAGGCUUUCCUUAUGAUUAUUGCAAAUGGGCGGAUAACUCCCAACCGUCCAAGACUUGUCACCGGGCCUUUAUAUCCCCCGCUCACCUUCGCCGUCACAUCUUUGCAGACCACUUGAACCUCGAACUGGACGAAACAACUAACAAUUUCAAAAUGGAGGCGACAGAAAACCCCAUUCAUACCUGUCAAUGGGACCGGUGCACACAAUUCCGGAGCCCAAAUACCAACACUGCUUUGAUCACUGGUCAUAUUCAGACUCAUUUGCCUGAAGAUCGCCCUGCCAAUGCAGAGCCCCCAAGCGCCAAGCGUCUUGUUUUGCAAGAGCGACUUGUUCGCAAGUGGUACUACAUGGAUACGCCUGUUGAUGAGAAGGGCAACCCGUUUGGAGUGGCAUACAAAGCAGCCCUGAUUCUUCGAAAUAUCGCCAGGAACCUUCCUGACCGCCUUGCCCCACGAUUCGGUAACGUGUCUUGGAAAACAGCAUGCUUCGUUGGUCGACGCUCCCAGAUCAUCGAUCUCUGGGACCGCAACCGUGCUUUGCGCAAGGAGUUGACCGAGUUGAUUAUGAUCAUCGAGAAGAAAGAUUAG